CUCAGAAAUCUCGUGCUGUUACAAAUACCAAUCCCUUGUCAAAUAUAAAAAAGACGGGAAAGAGCAUAAAAAGUAAAUCAAAAUGUGUUAAAAACUUCAUUUAGACUCUACACACAACUGGCGUUUAGGAACCUCAAAACUAGGAUUAACAUUUUGGAGAUUAAUAAACAGACUUAAUAAACAAAACAGUGAAAUUAUAAGCAGUUAUGAACGAAGUGAUCAAAAAGGACCACUAUAUCAAAACACCUUGAAGGCUCGAAUGUUUAGUAAGGUGUGUCUCAAGUUGUUCAAACAUUUGCGCAUAGUUACUUCGCGUACAGUUACGCCAUCAUAAAUAGAUAAUGAUAUUUAUAAGUACAAGAUUACGUUAAAAUCAACUAGAAACUCUACAUACAAAGAAACGAUUCAACAAGGAAUACUUUACGGAUAUUUUGUAAUUUGACACCGACGAUACAACGGAGUAAAACACAUUGUGACAUUCUAUUGAAAAGCACUUAGACGAUUUGUUUGUCAGUCAUUUAGGCAAUACAAAAAGUAUUUGGCUUUAAUCCUAUACAUUCCAUCAAAGAGAAUGUAACAUUACCGGAGUGUUAUUCGGUCCUCGAAUUCUACAAAGGUCUCGUUCAUGCCUUGCGACAAACUGUACACGUACACGUGGAUAUUUUGAGUUUAGGUUCACGAAGGACUUAUAAAUUGGAAACGUUUGCCCGGAAAUGCUUACAAUAUACGAGUAAAUGAUAUUUACAACUUCAUAGACAAGAAACUAUUUGCAUAACUCGAGGGGAAAGGUUGAGUCUACAAAUCUGGACGUCAUGACUAAAACUACACAGUUCGCACAUAUGUCCUUAGCGACAAUUUCUGGAUGUUUCAAUGGCGUUGUAACUGAAUAAGGUGGUGUACGUUCCCAUUAAACCACGAUGGGGACGUUAUAUUCACUUAACCAUCCAACCCAGAUAUGAAGAGCAACGACCAAGUACUCAAAAUGCAGAAUAUAAGGGGAAUUAUGGCUGCCAAAACCCUGCUGAGGCGCAGGGAGGCUCGCAGGCAAGGGUUAUACCCAAAGAAAGAAAAAGUCGCAAUAAACGUCGGUGGUAAGCUGUUUGAAACAUACAGAGAUACGCUGAAAAAGAUCCCUGACACAAGACUCGCCAGUUUGAAUCAAAUGGACGAAGGGUAUGAAUCUGAAAAGGGGAUCUAUUUCUUUGACAGGAAUCCGGAACUAUUUCCUUCCAUUCUGGAUUACUACAGAACAGGGGAGCUUCAUUUUCCACCCAACCAGUGUGGCAGAGUUGUGAAGAACGAGUUGGAGUAUUGGGGAAUUGAUGACAACCUCAUCUCCAGAUGCUGCUGGCGAAGAUAUCAGGAAUACAAAGAAGAGAUAGAGAAGAUGGACAUUAUAGAGAAGGCAUUCAACUGGAGCAGUGGGAUGGAGCCGGAUGAAGACAACUCUUCUGUCACAAUAACACCAUGGUGGACAAUACGUCACAAGAUAUGGGUCUUCCUAGAGGACCCUAAUUCCUCUACAACUGCAAAGCUGUGGGCCUUCCUCAUGUACAUUUUCAUCAUUGCAUCAGUGGUUCUGGCCUGCUUAGAUACCGAGCCAUUUUUCCGUGUAGACGCUGUAACCCCUGGUAACAUCACUGGAAUUAACAACACAAGACAUAUCAUGUUUGCUACCACCGAUACACAUUCGGCUAUCGUUGUCGCAGAUAUACUCAUGAAUGCCUUCUUUACAGUGGAAGUGAUAUUAAAAAUGGUUACCACGCCAUCUGUACGAAUAUUUCUACGCAUGUUAACAAGCAUCAAUGAUAUUAUAAAUAUAAUAUGCACGUGGGUGAUUUGGAUUAUUUUCUUUACAAUCGGAAAAAAUCACAAUACUACUAUUCAGGAUAUUGUUUUCUUCCUCUCCAUGCUUCGGGUCUUGCGAGUAUUUAGGAUGCUCAACUUGGCUAAACAAUACAGGGCUCUGCACGUGCUAUUAUUGGCUAUCAGAUCGAGUUUUAAGGAACUUUUUCUUCUUAUCGCUUUAAUUUCUAUGGGCAUGGUCGUUUUUGCUUGUUUGAUGUAUUACAUUGAAAUCAACUAUGAAACCAGUGAUUUUAUAUCAAUUCCCUUUGGGUUUUGGUGGAGUAUUAUUACCAUGACAACAGUUGGAUAUGGGGAUGUGCAUCCCCAAACUCCAUUAGGAUACAUGGUAGGAGCUGUUUGUGCCAUAUGCGGACUUAUAUGUACAGGACUUCCGAUACCAAUUAUCGGCCAUAAAUUCAACCAAUAUUACCAAUGUGCUCAUUUGGAGCAAUCUUUGAAGACGCAACAGAAAAAGGGAAACUAUAGAGAAUAUGUGGAUUCUUCUGACGACAUGUUCUCUUCUACCGGGAGUCUGAGUCUUCCUCAGAUAAUACAAGUGGCGCCACCACCUAAUAAACGGAAGCGCUCCAAGAGUUCAGGAUCUUUAGCAAAAAAAGUUCAUUUAAAACCUAGGAAAUAUUCAGCGUCCGCAGGCGAGAAUUCAACAUUGCAGGUUUCAAAAGGUAUCAAAAGGGCCAAUAUGCCCCUUAUAUCAAUAGUAAACUCUAGUUUCGAAUCAUUACGGGACCAAGAAACUCGCCAAGGGGCACUGAGUAGAGCGUCUGAAGUUACAGAAACAACUUUGAUUAAUUUUAAGGAUUCACCAUCUAAGAAGAAACAAGUUUCCACGGAUAAAGACAAGAACGACACGUUAGAUGCCAAUGAAAAUGCAAUAAAAAAAUUUGUGGGGACUGGUUCCCCUAAAAAUCUUAAAGGAAACCAGGUGAAAAAAACUAUUGGUUUGGUGAAAGACAAAAUCUUGUCAAAGAGUACGAAUCGUUUAAGGAAAAUCAGUAAUGGCUCAAGAGGAAGUAGAAAAAUAACACCACCUAGUCCUAGAAAUAACAAAAUAUCUAGUGAACUUCUCGUUAACAAUUCACCUUCUUCGAUAAAAUCACAACCCAACGGACCUAAUUCCUCCAGCGGGACAUCACACAAGCCAAUAUCUAGGAGUGAUUCGGCCGGAUAUGUAUCAGGCGGCGAUGAUGCUAGUGUGCUCACACAAAAUGCUCAAAAUUCUUCGAAUGAAUUAUUCCCUCCAAAAACUCUACACAAUGAUGAGAGGAUGGAUUCUGCACUGAAAAAACCUAACAUAGAACUUAAGUCAUGGAAUGUUAUUAGAACUGAUUCACCAGUUCCAAUGUCUACAAAAAGUAGUCCCUGCAGUUCUCGAAGUAGUUCAAUCUCGUUGGUUUCCAGUCACGUGGUCUGCAACGAAUCUGAAGAAGUUCCUAAACUUGUCGUGAAUUCGAUGUCUGCUCAAAACGCAUAAUCUUCGAUGGACAUUGAGUCGUCGUUAAAUUUGCCAACCAUGCUAUGCACUGCAUGAAAAUGUACAAUUAUGUAAAUGUCGACCAAAAAUUAAGAUAAAUUUCCUAUAUAUAAUAUCGAUGAAAAACAAAUUCAUAAGAUUUUGUCAAUUGAUUUCAAUUUUUUGUAUGGUCCAAGGAUAGAGAUUACAGAAUGAUUAUGUGUGUUGACUUUUGUAUGAUGUUUCAUUUACUUGUUAUAUGACUGUUAUCGUAGUAUUUCCAUUGCGCGUGGAUGCUAUACAAUGAAGUUAUCUUAUUUGAUGAGAGUUACAUGUAUCAAAAACAGAAAACGACCCAAUAACAAAAUCAGGGUUAAAUUGAAACAUUUUGUUAUAUCAUAUAAAAAGAUUAUAUCUAU